ACAAUCACAUAGUCGUGAUUCUGCGAGAGCGCUUUACGGCUCGCUUUCUUGUCUAUUAAAUGUUUAAAGAUGUAUUUUUGUGGAGAGAGCUUGCAAAACCGGGGCUUUUUUUUGAAGCUGAGAAGUGGGUUAGCUGCUACCUUUUUACUGAAAUAGAAGCAAGAGGAGGUUAAAAGCUGCCGCGCUUGACGGCAGCAAAGAGGAGAAAGAGGGGCGGCUGACGCUGGUGCCUUGAGAGGAUUGCCCGGGAUGGGAAGAUGCCCCUUGAAGUGAAAUGGCCCUUUCCCCGGGUCCCCCAUCUGCCCUGGAAUUUGGCCAGCAGGGUGGUCAUGGGAUUGGUGGGCACCUACAGCUGCUUCUGGACCAGGUACAUGAACAAGCUGAAUGUCCAUAACGAAGAAGUACUAUAUGAGCUGAUUGAGAAGCGGCAGCCUGGCAUUCCCCUCCUCACAGUCUGCAACCAUCAGUCCUGCAUGGAUGAUCCACACCUGUGGGGUAUCCUGAAAUUACGGCAUGUCUGGGGCUGGCAGAAGAUGCGGUGGACCCCGACAGCUGCAGACAUCUGUUUCACCAAGGAGCUGCAUUCUCGUUUCUUCAGCCUUGGACGAUGUGUUCCUAUCUGUCGUGGUGAUGGAGUCUAUCAGAAAGGCAUGGACUACAUACUCGAGAAGCUCAAUCAUGGAGACUGGGUGCACAUGUUCCCAGAAGGCAAAGUAAACAUGACCCAAGAGUUCAUGCGCUUCAAAUGGGGUAUUGGGCGUCUUCUGGCUGAGUGCCACCAGCACCCCAUUAUACUGCCACUCUGGCAUGUAGGAAUGAAUGACGUCCUCCCCAAUGAAUCCCCUUAUGUGCCCCGCGUUGGACAGAAGAUCACUGUGUUGAUUGGGAAGCCAUUCAGUGCUCGGCCCUUGCUAGAGCACCUGCAGGCAGAGAACAAAUCAGCGAUGGAGAUGCGCAAAGCAUUGACUGACUUCAUUCAGGAAGAGAUCCAGACGCUGAAAGACCAGGCCGAAAGACUGCAUCAGACUUUCAAGCAGCAGGGCUAGCCAUGUAGCUAGGAUGAACAUGGGAGGCCCUUCCACUGAAGCAUGGAUUGUGCAGUCCUGCGGCAUUAUGGGAGAAAGGAGGUCCCUGCAUGGACUACCUCUGACUUUUGCUUUUCAAUGAAGUGCUCCCACAUUUGCACCUGCCACCUAUGCCAUGCCACACCGCAAGUGGACUGGUGUUGCAUGCAGAGGGUUGGAUGAAGGCUCCCCACAUACCUUGUUGAACCUCACACCCCAUUGGUGUGCCUUGUACCCUGUCAUCAUACCUGUCUCCUGAAGGGCAGGGUCUGAGAACUGCUAUUGUAUGUGGACUUCCCUGUUGCCAGAAACCAGAGGUGUGGGGGCUUCAAGUUUGUCAAUGUUGGUGGUGCAUGUACAGGAGCAGGGGGAGGAGUUUGGAGGGGGGAGGGAGGCUCUACCCCUUCCUUGCAGUGAUCGCCCUCUGCACCUGCCUCCCUUGCUCAGCUCAGUGGGGACUGGAGCAACAGGUGAUGGGUUCUGCAAGUUCCUUCCUUUUUGUGGAGUCUUGGUCUGUAGGUGGUUUUUAUACGUGGUCUUUUUCCAGUAAAUUAUUCCAAACCCUG